UCGUGAAAGUGAAAAUACGGGAAACUGUCUAAAGGGGCGAAAUACGGUAGGUCCCGGUGAAAACUGGACUUUUGGCACAUAAGGCUUACUUCUUUACUUGUCAAUGUGAACUCACUUAUUCACUGAAAAGGCGACGGUGUACACUAGGUGACACUAGAUGGCAGUGUGGCGCCUUUCAAUGCAAUUUUCGCUCUGUCAAUGAAGACAGAAGAAGACAAGGACCUUUCAUUGCCUAACAUGGGAGGUCGAGUUGUACGCAUGUUAAGAAAUUUCAACCUGGAAAACAGAGUUCAGCGGGAAAUCUCCAAGGAAAAGCCGCGACCGGCACCGAGACAUGCCGUCACACAAGCAGCCUUCACCCCCCAAGAAGGAAAUGGCGGUGUUGUCCACCAGAAGAACGACCCUCUGCUAUCAAACCUUAAGUCUGUUUAUGUGGAGUCCACAGACACACAAGCAGGGACGACAAAGUCGGUAACCAAGGAGGAAGAAACAAAGUACAGAGCAGCCAAGUUCUUCCUUCCGGGGGACUCCCGUGGCCUUGAAAUCCUGACAGAAGUUCCUCAAGGCAAGCUGACCAUCACGGAGGCUCUGAAGGCCGUCGGCAGCCACCAGACUGAACCUCAAACGUGGACUUCGCAGAGGAUUGCCCAAGAAUAUUCUUUGGAUUUGAAAGAAACAAAUUCUCUUCUGGAGUUUUUCAUCCCCUUCCAGGUUCAGAUCUUAUCACCUGAGACUGUGAAACAGCUGAAGUCUUCUUAGGGGAGACGGCUGUUUCUGUGAUCUUUUCAAGCAAAGCUAUUCAUAUUCAUAUAUACUGUACAUGUUGUAAACAGAAUCAGCAGCCUAUGAAAUGGUGACAUUUUGUGUUCUGGCUUGCUUAGCUGUGUCUCAAAUAGAAUACUAUUUCCUAUAAUAGACUGACCGGGGACCGGUCCAGGCUGGAAUGCUCCGGCUCAUCCAUGACCCUAAUAAGGACACACCACUGUUAUUCAAUGCCACAUACAAUUCUUCUAAAUAUAUUAAAAAACAGGAAAUGUUUCUAUUUGUUGCAUAUACUGUACAUUGUACUACAUUGUAAUACUUGUAUACAUAAGGGGGGAAAAUCUGGCAUUUAUAUAAUAAAUUAUA